AGGAAGAGAAAAAACUGCGCGGAAGUAAGAAAUUCACCACGUUGGAUACAAGAAAAGAUGGCGUACGUUUUACAAACUCUGUGUUAAGGCAACUGAACGAUCAGUUCCAAGCCUUGAAACAAAGUUAUGAUGACACUCAAAGUAAUCUGGCGGACGAAGUUAUUAAAAUUGCAAGUAAGAUUUAUUGAAGCAAGUAAGAGGCAGGAGUGAAAAAAAUAUUUUCCCUUCUGGGACGGCAAGAGAACAUUGAAAAUGUUCUGCAAAUAAUCAAAUAAAUCGACACUCGGUCACUGUGACUGUGUUACACUAACAAGUUGUCAAACUGGAUGUCACGCUAUAUUUUCACAGAAAAAGAAUUAUUUCAGUGCACUGAGAAUCUUAAUCUUUUAGGAAUAUAACAUAAAACUAACCAAGGAUCUGAUCCUAAGGUACAAAUGCCAAAAAAAGGGCACUAUUAGGGUGGAGGGGGGGGGGGGGCACUAUCAGGGGGAUCUGUUCUCCCCCAGAAAAUUUUGAAAAUCAGGUGUCCCAGAUUGGCUAAAAAUGCAUGACCCAUAUUUUUACACGUACAUUUUCCUUUGUUAAGGUGGCUACGGUGAACCCAUGCAAUUACUAAGUGAUACUCUGGCAAAACUCGAUGUCUUAAUAAGGUAAAUGUUUUAACUUCAGGGAAAGUACUAGGUUUUGCUGGUUGUGCAAAACUGUUAAAGAUGUCCUUUCUAAUUUUUUUUUUUCUGUAGUUUUUCCCAUGUGGCUGCUUGUGCCCCUAUACCGUACUGCAGACCGAAAAUCUUGCCCAAAGGUUUGUACCGUGUAUGUCGUAUAAACAGUCUCUUGACUUGACGAAGUGUUGUCAUAUAAACAGUCCCUUGACUUGCUAGCGUUGGACGGGAAAAUAUGUCAGUGCAGCCUUUUUAAAAGAUUAAAGAAACUGUAAUAAAAUAUUUUGUUUUUCCAGAACAAGGUUCAGUAAUUCUUACAGCAGCUAGACACCCGUGUCUCGAGGUCCAGGAUGAAAUUGCGUUUAUUCCAAAUGAUGUUACUCUCAACAGAGGUACGAAACAAACAGCUGACUGUAUUGCAAAUUUAAGUUCCAAUUAAAUGUGUUCUAGUGCUCUGGCAUUGCACUACUUGUUUACGUUGUUCACAUCACUGUUUUACGUCCAAUCAUUGAUUUUAUAGAAGAACAAUCGUUUCUAAUAAUAACCGGUCCAAACAUGGGUGGAAAAUCAACGUACAUUCGUUCUGUAAGUCGCUAAUAUCUAACUUUAUUUAUACUGGAUACUGCUAGCAGUUCUAAACUGUCCAGCUGUUCUCCCUGAGGUCUCGUGUAACGUAUAGCCUAAACUUACUACAGCAAUACAACAUAGCUCUGCCAGUUCUAAACAAGUCCCUUUAGAGGUCCAUAAGGCUAUCUGGACCAGAUUUACUACAGGAUGAAACCUGGAAGAAACCAGCAAUGUUUGGCAGAGUUCAAAUUGGAAAUGCUCUUCUCGCAUGCAAUUGAGGCGAAGUUAUAACCGGAUAACUGCACAGGAAUAAAAUCCCAAUCAUAGAGAUGAAAGACAAAAGCAGUCAAUUAUCUUCUCUAGGUAAGUGUCGCAGUACUGAUGGCUCAAAUUGGAUGUUUUGUUCCCUGUGAAGCGGCAGAGAUCUCUAUCAAGGACGCCAUAUUAGCUCGCGUAGGCUCUGCGGAUAGUCAGCUCAAAGGUGUUUCAACUUUCAUGUCGGAAAUGUUGGAAACAGCAUCUAUACUUCGGGUACUUGUAGUUUGUAUCUGCUUUAUUGUAGCCAUAGUUGUACCAUACCAUACCAUACCAUACCAUACCAUACCAUACCAUACCAUACCAUACCAUACCAUGCCAUACUGAGCCAAACCAUACCACAUACUUUGCCAUUUCAAUUCGCCCCAUACCGUAUUGCACCAUACCACACACUACCACACCCAAUCACACUGCACCAUAUUAACUAUUUGAUAUAUUUUUUUCAAAAUUUUUUCAAAUUAGAUUAGUUUCAUUUACCCACAAAUAAUAUUUACAAAUUGAAUAUUUAAGAUAGUACGUAUAUAAACGGGCUAGAGACCUCUGGAAAUCCUGUUGGACUUUUGAGACAAAACGAUGCCAUACCAAACCACAUCAUACCACACCCUACCAUGCCAAACUCCACCAUACCAUAUACGGAUAUACCAUACCAUAUAUCAUAUCAUCAUAUACUUCAUUAAAAUUACUUCAGGAUUAACAACUGUUCAUUUUGAUAUUUUAUUUUUUCCUAUUCCCCUUCCAUAGAGUGCCACGGAAAAUUCUUUAAUUAUUAUUGACGAACUUGGACGGGGAACGUCGACAUAUGACGGAUUUGGUUUAGCUUGGGCUAUCUCAGAGUUAGUAUAAAAACUAAUCCAUCAUUUCCACCAAUUUUAAUAGUUCGUUAGUCCCAAGCAGGCACUGGUACUCAUUCAUCAACUGAGUUAACUGAGAGAGAACACAAGAGAGACUUAACUAUAGUAAAAUGUAUGCUGUACAAUGUGUGCAAUACAUUUUAUACUAAAUCUUUAUAUUUCCACCCAGGUUUAUAUCGACACGUAUUAAAGCGUUGUGUCUCUUUGCAACACAUUUCCACGAGCUCACUGCUUUGGCAGAUGUUGUCCCAACUGUUAGAAAUUACCACGUGACGGCGAUGACUACUGGAGACACUCUUACAUUACUAUACAGGAUAAAAACAGGUAGGGAAAGUCUUUACGCUUUUUCAUUCUCGUUUUAGUUCAGCUUUCUUCCGACAAUAACAUUACACUGGAGUCCACUGGACCAAAUAGGGAAGUUGCUUACUGGACCAAUUAGGGAUGUCGUUUAAUGGACCUCUGGGAGAACUAUUUAUAUUGAUAGAGCUAUCCAGUAUCAAAGUAAGCUUUCCUCCUGUAGUAAAACUUAGGUACAGGUAUGUAGUAUGAAGUAAGUUUAAGUUAAGUUUGAAGUAAUGGUUUGAAUACAAAAUUUGACAAUAAUUAAAGUGGCUUCACCCUUGGCAACCGUUCAGGUCUAAAAUAUGUGUAAAAUUUUCGCUCUACAUUUCAAUCAAGAAAAACCCUUCAAUAUACUAUGCAAAACUUUAUUAUAAAUUAUGAUUUUAAAUCAGUCUAAAAUUGUGGAAUUUUCAACGAAAAUCGCGUUCGUUUAAAUGCUCAUCACGGAUAUAAAUUUGUGUCCUCAUUUGACUUCAUAAUUUAGGAACGUUAUUCAUCGCUUGAUACUAUGACAAUAGCAGGCGUGGUUUGUAUAGAAUUAGAAUACAGAAUUAGACGCCGGACUGUCAGGGAAAUAUCAGGCACAAUUUGUUGCCAAGACCCAUUUCCAGUUUAGAUGGCGCUACGCUCUGACUAAUUCGUCAGAUAGAUAGUUCGUGUGGAUACUUCUCCUUGGGCCAUAGAUAUCUUAUAUACACUAGAUAGUGCAUCUAAUUAUUUGGCAAUUCAAAAAUUGAAGCCGUGAUUGCAGACUCGUGAUAUUCCCAUGAAAUGAGAAGACUCGUAUGUUUUCUAUUUCUUAAACAGGGAACUUAAACAUUAAGUUAAACCUAUUCCACAUACAUUUUUAAACUAUUCAAAUGAUGAAAGUUAUUGUUGUUUUUUAAGCGUUUAUUAGCGAGUGGGAAACUCCAAUAUGGCCGCCAUCUAUUCAAAUGGGAAUAUUCUUGGCUUCAAUUUUACUAAAAGAGAUGCGCUAUCUAUAGUGUAUAUAAGAUAUCUAUGCCUUGGGCCAGUUGUUAGAAAACCGAUUAGCUUAAAACCGAUUAGCUUACCCUAGGUAAACCUAAAAUUCAAAGUGAACUUCCCAACAACUUGUUUAUAAAUUUGGAAAUAUUUCAUUAUAAAUGUUGUCUGGAUCAGUAGGAAUUUUCUUCCUACUACGUAAUACGUAAACUAAAGCAGCAGGUUAAAUUUUAAACUAGGGUUAGCGCUAAUCCAGCUUUGAACAACCGACACAAGGAGUCUGUUUGAACACAUCUCGUGUUUAAACUAAGCCAGGAAUCCCGACUAUGGUAUAGCAUCUGGAAACACCACAGCGCUGCCAUACAUACGAGGUGUGUUCAUUGCAGGCAUUUCUUUCCAUUCCUGCGUUUCAAGACUGAAACACUCAACAGAAUUGAGAUAAUUCUUCUCAUCAUCUCUGCCUCCCAUAACCACGACCAUAUUAUCCACCAGUACUGCCGUGCAAGCAGCCCUCUUGCUUCUCAUGCUAGGAAGAUGCUUAUUCCUGCCCGUGUCGAUGCUGUAAACAACAACGGAAUCUAACACGUUGCCAUCUUUGUCUUGCCCACCCAGAAGAACCAAGUUCCCGCCAUGACGAACAACUGCCAUCUGACUGACUUCAGUAGGUAAUGGCGUUAGCUCUUUCAGUUUUCUUGUGGAAAUAUCGAAGGCAAGGACGCUCUUAGUGGCAUCUUUAAAUCGGUUGCUUGUACGUCCACCUACAAUGACGACCUGAAAAAGACAUAUAGCUUUACUAUGCUGUCAUGUAGGUUGUUUCCAUAAACACAUAUUUUAUAGUGGAUUCGUGAUAGCCUAAACCUCAAAUGGUUGGAUCUCAGCGUUGGCAGUAGCGUCCUUUAGUGCAGAUUAGAUUCUCGCUAGCCUAAAUUUUGAACGGUUAAACAAACAAACUGUUUGUUCUCAGUGUACUGUAGGUAGUAGUUUUGAAUUACACGUCCUUUGUGGUAGAUUCGUACUAGUCUGAACGUCAAACUGUUGUUUCUCAGUGUAUAGGUAGUGGUUGUGAAAUACACGUCAUUUGUGGUAGAUUCUCGCUAUUUUGAACUCGAAACAAUUGGUUCUCAGUGUGGGUAGUAGUCAUGAAAUCCACGUCCUUUGUGGUAGAUUCCCAGUAGACUAAACUAUACUUUUACCCAGGGCGCUUAUAUAUAACAAACACUAAGAUAUUGGCAGUAUUACCUGAAAAUACAAUAGCAGAAUCUACUAAAUUAUUGUAUAACAUCGGAAUUUUACCCCCAAUAUCUAUUUCUUCAUCAAAACUUGACUACAAAACAGUCAAAACUUCCAGCUCAGUUUUCCCGCCAUAUUUAUCCUUGCCAUAAGACAACGUCGCACAACAAACUCGUUAUCAGUUCAUUGCAUCACACAUCGAUCGGCGCGCCUAUAGCCGUUUCACCGCCCUACAUAUAAGCGCCCUGCUUUUACCUGCCUGAAAGGUAAUUGAGUUUAUUGAGUUUCUCAGUCACUGGUGAGCGGAUUUCCCAACAGUCUAUUGCCCAAUUGAUAGGGGAUCUAGCGGAUCCGAGGUACCUACGAUUAUAACGUCCUUAUCCGAGAAGAGGCGAAAGUCUAACCAUUUACUGAUGUCAAUAUAAAGGUAGCUCUUUCUCCUCAGUUAUUUUAAGACCUUGAAUAGGGAUCCGACCAAGAAUUGAACGCAGGUCUCCCAGCUUGAAAGGCAAGCGUGGUGACCACGAUGUGCUGGUCUACUGUAAUUACUUUUACUUAUAAUGGCAUCGCUUGUGUUAAUCUAAUCUGACCUCCCCAAUUCUAACCUUACCUAUUAAUCUAAUCUGAUCUAAUCCAGUCUCAUCACUACCACAACGAUACCUUGUUAUCAUGUAACACUGCUCGGUGACCAACUCGAGGCUCCGGCAUAUGGCAUACAGUUUGCACUGAGUGAGGAGGCGUGAUGGAAAUCUCGUAGAUCUCAUCCGAAAUCUUAUUUUCUUCGCUGUUCUCACCCCCCGUAAUGAAGAGACGUUUCUGGUGUGCAACUAUCUGAUGACGAUUGCAUUUCAGGGGGAGGAGGGCAGGAAAGUCACGCCAUGUCUUCGGACUUCGAGUCGUGUUCAUACCUGAAAAUUAUAAAAUAUUCAUCUUUAUCUCAUGGCUUAUCAAGGUAUAACAAAAUAAAAUUGUUAUACCUUCCAUCCGAUCCGUGCUGGUAUCUCCAUUAAACCCUCCAGCGACAAUAACAUUAUUUUGGUAAAGAAAAGCAGACGGUGCCAAACGGCUUUCCUUCAUGGCUCCUGAGGUCGUCCAUGUUUUGGUCGCAAAAUUGAAUAUCUCAGUAGAAUUGAGAUACAUUUGGCCAUCGUGACCACCAGCUAUGAGAAUGUUGCAUUCUGGAACGUUGCUAGGUUGGUUGCUAGGUUGGUUGCUAGGUUGGUUGCUAGGGCAUUGCUGGGUCGUCAGUUCUCUGAUGGUGUUGUUCAUAUUAGAUAUCAUUGCAGCCAUGUUCUUGAUGGUCUUGUCUUGAGCUUUUUCCCUUGAGGAAUAAAAGAAAAAAUUGUAAAAAAUAGGUAUACCAUUGAACAUUAUAGUCCAGUUUACAUUCGGUCAGUGUACACCGUCCAGCUUUGUUUAUAGAUCGGUCAUACCUCUCAUCCAUCUUUUUCAUCGCCUCCAUCAAUUGGUCCAUCUUAUCCUUCAUUUCAGCACUUUCCUCCUUCAAAUCCUCUAUGAUCCCCUUGAGUACACAACCAUGCGUAUCGUACUUCUUAUACUGAACCCUUUUCCCACAGCCACUGCAUUUCACCUUUCUGUACCUACAAACCUAGUGGAAGUAAUUAGUAAAACCUUAUUUCACGAAGGGAAACGUAUAUAAUGUCUUCACAAUAUUUCAAAAUUUAGCAGAUAGACAUGACUACAGAAAAAAGUACGCCUGGUUUCGGCAUACCGUGUAACCACGGUUUGUUCUAUUAAAGUACGCCUGUUUCAGGGUCUUAGCUAGGAUUUUAGAUCUUGGGCGUGUUUCUAAUGGCCAGGGUGUGCACAUGCAAUUACCUUGCAUAGCCAAGUUCACGGUUCUAGUUAUGCUUGCCAAAAACAGACAAUUCCUGUGGUUGUUUUAUGCUUUGCAACCAAUUACAAGGCGUGCAUACGCUCAUAUUGCGCACUGACAUUAGAAUAUUAAGUUCAGCAACUCUUGGGGUAUUUAAAACCAUUUUAACACCAUACAGUUCCCAUUAUCCAUCAAAACAUCACGGAUCACUUUUGCCAAUUUCAACAACAACAGUAGAUUUUACAAACUUUCUUACGACGUAAAUUGGAAGAAAUUCUGUCUGUUGUAAGUACUGUAGCACCACCUUAUUUUACCGUGAACCUACACGGCUUUGUAUAAGAUAAUGAAGCCGCGUUCAUUUUAUCUAGCCGUGUUUUUCCAGUUUUGGCCGCGAUAACACGGCCAACACGGCCCUCUAGCUAAGACCCUGGCCUGUUUUCGGUAUACCUUAUAGCCAUGGUUUGAAAUCUACAUGCUGUGUUUCUCUGAAAUCUACAUACUGUGUUUCUCUGAAAUCUACAUACUGUGUUUCUCUGAAAUCUACAUAGCUACUGUGUUUCUCUGAAAUCUACAUACUGUGUUUCUCUGAAAUCUACAUACUGUGUUUCUCUGAAAUCUACAUACUGUGUCUGGAUUUUGCUAUGUGAAAUAGUAUAAGAAGCUUGCAAUUCUCACAUACCUCAUUUUCAUGAUGCUUUUUAUCCUUCCUAUUUAAAGACUUCGAGCAGCCUUCGUUAGCGCAGUCGACCGGCAUAAAGUCGCAUACUUGUACAUGCUUCUGCAAUGCCUUUAAUUCCACCAACGUUUUGCACCCCCUGGCCUCAAAUUCACAACUAAUUUUCAAUGUAGCUAAAUAAUCUGCUACAAUUCUUGAUGGUUCUUUAAGCGUCUUUACAGUCAGUCCGUCUUGGCAAUUGGGGCAGGUUUGAGCGAUUUCUAGAUACUUGGUUAUGCAAGCACAACAGAAAUAAUGUUCAUUUCGCCUGCAUUGGACUGGAUCUCGCAGAACCUGAUGGCAUAUAGGGCAAUGAAAGUUCUCGUUCACUAUCACUGGAAAGCGUUUGUCCGCGUAGCCUUGAGGAUAGUUCAUUCUUGAACAGCAUUGGCAGCACUUCAACUCUCUGUCUCAAUCCCCGCAGCUUCAGAUCUUGCCAAUCUAUUCAUAUACAAAAGUGGUAGAUCAGAGCAAGCGCCUUUUGCCUAUGAGAUCGUUGCGGACUCAUGACGCUUACGUGGAAAGAGUCGGUCAACGUUCUAUCGGAAAUCUCCGGUUUCCUCCCGCAGGGAAUGCUAGAAAUGUUGACAGGGUGGGUUGGAUGACUUCCAACGUACCCUCUGAUCUGAUAUGUAUCACAAGGGUGGCUGCUAGAGGCGCCCUUAGAAACUCUUCGACUCGAUCAGCUUGAGCUGCGUCCUUCGCAAUAGACCUUUCCCCUUAUGAGUGAAAUUUUGAUCUAGAUAUACCUGGACAAAAAUUUCAUCACAGCUUGAACGAGCAUCACAAAAUUAGUAAUAUUCCAAAGUUUCGAUGGGAAAUGUUGUAAAAUGCGGAUAAUAUAGCCUUGCGAAGUUUACCGUUUUUCAGUCAUUUUGUAUUACAAAUGGGAAAUCGAUAAUCAGAUGAUCAAACUGAUUAUCAAUUUCCCGUGCGUAAUACAAAAUGACUGAAAAACGGCAAACUUCGCAAGGCUAUAUUAUCCGCAUUUUACAACAUUUCGCAACGAAACUUCGGAAUAUUACUAAUUUUGUGAUGCUCUUUCAAGCUGUGAUGAAAUUUUUGUCCAGACUUGUCUAGAUCAAAAUUUCACUCAAAAGGGGAAAGGUCUAUUCAGCUUGGCUCUCAGCUUAGACUUGCCACAAGUUGACUUCUUAACAAUAAUUCUUAACAAUAAUUUAAGCGAGCGACGAAGGACUUUGCGAAAGUCUACUCUCAGCUUAAAGUAAGGAUGGUUAGCGCACCCCACUUACACCCCCACAGGCGUCAUUAUAAACCCUGUUAUAAACUUUCGACUCCAUCCAUAGACUCAAUCACGUUUGAACUGCGUCCUCCUUCGCAAUUCAGCUUAACGUCCUACUUGUACGUUUAAGUCCCAUACAGACGAGCAAGUUUUCGUUGACAGGUUUCGUGUAUUCCUUGACAAGGAGACACUGGUCGUGCCAGCUUUUUCAAGAAGGAAAAUUGCUCGUGUAUAUAGCCGUCAAAGAAAACUUGAUAAGUAUUAAUUAAGUAAUUGCGGAGUACGUCAUUGUGCACUCAUCUUCGAGCGGCCAUUGUCAUAAAAUCUCGAUUAUUUUGAAAUUCGCGUUCGUGAACGGUUUCAGCUGUUUUUAAUUUUGUUGAACGAAAAUUAUAUCCUGAAAUUGUUGGAACUCGUCAAGGAAAACUUGAGCAAGUCUUUACCGGGGCCGUAUUCGUGUGCACACACGCGGAUUGAAUCUCCCAUGCAUGCAAGCGCCUCGUGGUGGUAAGAAGUGUGUUUGGUUUACGUCUGUGAUGAUUUCAAUAAGAAAGAAUCGGGUUUUUUUAUCUUGGUAGUCUACUAAGUGACUCCAUGCAGUCUCAUUUCAUAUCAACAUGCACACAAAUAAUUUACAACUAUCAGCCGUUGCUUGUGUCUGCUCCCGUCGCUUGUGUCUGAAAACGUGAACGCUUCUGACCACAGGCCUUCGCUCCAGACAUCAACGUUCACUUACUAAUCUUUUUCAGGCAGUUCAGACACAAACACGGCAGCUCAUUGACAUUAUAGAUGACUACCUACACUAGAGUGUUUGAAAUAUCAUACUAUUAUAUUUACGAACAUUGAGAUGGACCACUCACGUGAAUUUCAUGUGAUCUUCUGUGCUUUGUUGUGCGAUGCCUCUAUGACAGAGCAAACACUCUAUAGUGGACCAUCAGGCUCUCUGUUGUAUCUGGUAUAAUUUGGUUAACUGCUACUUUCGCUUUACAAAGAGUCUAAUAUAUUAGUUCGUAGAAACAGACAGGAACUUGAUAUCAAGCCCUUCGAAAGGUUGUGACCCACAUUCCUUUUAAGGAGCGAUUGAGUGGGCGGUUUGCAAAUAAAGACUUGAUAUAUCUGACUGUGUCUUCGUUAUCUAUUCAUCUACAUUAUUGCACAAUAUAUUAAUUUUAAAACAUACUGUCACAGAUACUUUAAGAGUUAAACUGGAUAGUUCUAUCAGUUUUUAACUGCUUUACCUGGAGAAACUCUAAACUAAACGUCUAAAGUAGCUACCACUGGAACUAUUAGUAACUUUAGUUACAUUGGAUAGUUCUAUUAGUUAUAAUGAUUUACUUGUUUAAUCAUGCAGAGGAAUUUAGCGCUUAUUUUAAACAAUUUACAGUGGGGGGCCAAAACCAAUAUUAGUCCAGUGUGGGUUCCCCAGAGUAAGAUUUGGGUCUCUCAAGGUAAGGUUAGGGCCCAUUCUGACCAGUGGGACCUGUUACCCUAAAGUGAUCCACUGAUGAUGCAGAGAUGUUGUACAGAACUCACUGCUGAGUUAAGCAUGGUUAGAUCAUGUAAAGAUAGUACAUGUUCUUGAAUGUGGGCUACCUUAAUAUGAUCUGAUGUUGUACAGAACUCACUGCUGAGUUAAAAUUAAGCAUGGUUAGAUCAUGUAAAGAUAGUACAUGUUCUUGAAUGUGGGCUACCUCAAAAUGAUCUGAUGUUGUACAGAACUCACUGCAUGGUUAGAUCAUACAGAGGUAGUACAUGUUCUUGAGCAUUUUUCUUGAAUGUGGAUUACCUUAAAGUGAUCUCAUGUUGUACAGAAGAUCAGCUAGAUUAUGUAAAUAUAGUACAUGUUCUUGAUCAGUGAAUGCGGGGCUGCCUUAAGUCCAAUUUGUACUCUUGUUCUUGCUGAAGCCUGAAAACAUGUUGCGGCUGCGCAGACGUACACUUAUUCGCGCAAGGUUUGCACCGCAUGCACCAGACAGUAUUAGCAUAUUUGUAUACAAGAAGCGUUUCGAUGCAACUUUGAAUUGUUGGCAAUGAUGACAUCGCAGGGGUCCUGAAAACAGUUGACAUGUGAACUGUCUGGUGGACUUUGACCCGGUAGUCUCCAGUACUUCGUGUAGCUUGAGAGAUUGACCUUGAGUCAUUGAACACUGGGAUUGCGAACACCUGAGCCAACAUAUAUGUUAUUGAGAGCCCCAUGGUGGUCAGUGCACUUUCCACCUUUGUGAUUUUGAAUCGACCUGACCGCGUAGUUCAGUUGGCAGAGCAUUGGGCUAGUAUUCCAAAGGUCAUAGGUUCGAUUCCCACCGUGGCCAGGCAUAUUUUUCAAGCUUGCCCGGUGUGGAUAUACACUCAGAGUAACAUCACAAACAUCAUAUUCACCUGAGUACAUAACACCAACACAGAAAAAUCAUGGAUUUUGAUUUCCGCAGUUGUCAGAUUAUAAUUUCACCUCACUUGUAGCCUGCACGGAGUCUUAUGACUGAGUUUAACGCUGAUAGAGCUAUCCAGUAUAACAUUAAAAAUUAAACAUUUCCUCCUGUAGUUUAGACUAGCAAGAGAUGUUCGUUAUCCGACCUCUAGGACUGAUAAAGUUAUCAAGUUGAUAUAAAUUUAGUUCACAUGUUGUUCAGUUCUCUUCUAAGUCAGUCAGUUCGUCUGACCAUAUUUUUUAUGUAAUUUGAUUUUAGGUGUAUGUGAUCAGAGUUUCGGUAUCCAUGUUGCGGAAUUGACUAACUUCCCACGUAAAGUUAUUGAGGUUGGUCCUUGUACUAUCGUCAUUUAAACAAAUAUCUAGUUAAAUUAGUGAAAAAAUUAUCUGUCAAUGAUGGCGAGAAAUGUUUUUUGUUUAGUUUGCAAAAAGAAAAGCUGAAGAGCUGGAAGAUUUUCAAGGUCAGACAGCUGAUGAUAACCAAGACAAUAGUAAAGGUAACAAUCUUCUUUGGCACCUUAUUCGCCGAUGUUGUCGUUGCCCGCUUUGGUACGUUGACAAAAAAUCAGCAUUGUCCUAAAUAUCCUCCUAUAUCCUCGUAUCUCUUUCCACGGUAUCCAUUUUAUCUCAUCCCUUGUCUCCCAAUUGUUUGUUGUCCAUCAACUAGAUGUCUCCAAGUUAACUUGACUGGAUGUUACUCUACACUGUAACCUGAGAGUCUUCUUGUCUUAGGUUUAGUACUCUCAUCAUCAUAUCUGCUGUUAACUAAAACUAAUUUUCUUUGUUGGUAUUUUAGAAGAAACAAUUUCUUGUGCCAAGAAACGUCGCAUGGACAAAAAGGUAAAACUGCGUUCAUUAAUUGCCGAGUUUGUUUGUGUUGUUGCUGACGUUGUUGUUGUUAUCGUUGUUGUCGCGAUGUUGUUGUUGUUGUUAAUGUCGCUAAUGUUGUUGUUGUUGUUGUUUUCGCAGUCUUGUUGUUGUCGUGUUGUUGUUGUUGAUGUUGUUGUCGCGAUAUUGUUGUUGUUGUUAUUGUCGCGGUGUUUUUGUUGUUAUUGUCGCGGCGUUUUUGUUGUUGCGAUGUUGUUGCUAAUGUUGUUGUUGUUGUUUUCGCAGUCUUGUUGUUGUUGUUGUUGUUGUUGUUGUUGUUGUUGUUGUUGUUGUUGUUGUUGUUGUUGUUGUUGUUGUUGUUGUUGUUGUUGUUGUUGUUGUUGUUGUUGUUGUUGUUGUCGCGGCGUUGUUGUUGUUGUUGUCGCGGCGGCGUUGUUGUUGUUGUUGUUGUUGUUGUUGCUGUUGUUGUUGUUGUUGCUGUUGUUGCUGUUGCUGUUGCUGUUGCUGUUGCUGUUGCUGUUGCUGUUGUUGUUGUUGUUGUUGUUGUUGUUGUUGUUGCUGUUAUGCCUUUUAUUGUUCUUAUUGCAUUGUUUUUUCUCCAAAUAAUUCUAUAAUUCAUCGUGCAGUAAUAUUUCUGUAUUGCAGGAAGGGGAUAAACUAAUUCAAGAAUAUCUACAAAACGUGGCUGCCCUACCAGUUGAUAAUCUAACAGAAUCCGAAGUUUCUUCAAAGGUUUUGGGUUUAAAGAAUGCCCUAUUUGCGAAAAAUAAUAAUUAUAUUAACGAUAUGCUGACAAGAAAUACUCAAGUCGUGUAAAACAAUUGUUAGAUUUUAAUGGAACAUGUUGAUAUGUCCAAAAACAGAGUUUAUAUAGAUGUACAGAUUUAUAUUACAGAAGUGAAAACUAGAUCCAGUGAUAUUUUGAGGUCAGUGACACGCUGGCGAACUUUGUCACCAAGGCAACGGCAUGACAAUACUUCAAAUAAGCCAUGUGAAUGUUACAAUUACUAGAGUGUAUUUUUUGCAACAAAAUUUUUUACAACUUUAAUUUGCGUUUGUUUUGGAGAUGAAAUAAGAACAAAAGCUUGUCUAUUGUAAACAAUUUCGAAAUCUUGUUUUAGAAAAGUAUAGCUGAUUGUACUUGCAGCAAAACAAGUUGUGACAAAGCCUUUUUAUUUAUUUUAUCCAU